AUGACGGAGACUCCUCCAGAAACUCCACAACAACCAUACACAUUCGUGCGAAUCAAGCGGAAACGCACAGACGCGCCCCUCGAUGCUCUUCUGUUUGGUUCGGAUCUGUCUGAACCGUCACGAAAGAAAAAGUUGCGUCCUGGAGUGAAUGUCUUCCAGUUUGCGUCGACGGUCGAGGAGGCUUCCUGGGACGAUAGUACGCAGAAGGAUCUCCAGGAGCGUAUCGAUGCGCUAGCUCGCCAACCAGUCGAUGCGCCAGACAAACCCAUAGCUCCCCUUCCCAAACGUAAACGAGUCACGGAAACACCUCAGCCACAGUACACUAUCGUUGCUCAACCGCAGGAGCCAGCUUCAGUUUCUUCAUCACGCAGGCCAAUAGCACCGCCCAAAGUGCUUUCCGCGAAGGAACUCGAAAGAGCGAAAUCCAACGUCAAAGUCUACGAUGCCGUUCUCGCACCAUCUACUGUUGUUUUGCCCACCCCAGUAGAUCCGGACUUCGAAGUGUUCAACGAUUUACUGCAGGACUAUCUCCAACUGAAUGACAUCACCCCAGUGUCGGCGCCUCUCACAUCGGACAAGGUUACCGCUACCGAGCGCAAAAAGAAAAAGGCCCCACUACCCUCCUCCCGUGUCCCAUCACCCACAAAAGCAUUGACGGCACGCCUGGAAGACCAAGACCCGGAUCCGGAUUAUGUGUGGGAUGUAUUCUUUCAUCGUCCGGGUACUUUGCAGGAUUAUGCCAACGUGGGCAAUGUCGGAACACUGACGGGUCUACCGGCCUCGUUCGGUGAUCCCGACGAGUCUGAUGCGGAAUCUGAGCCUGAAGACGAAGCGGACGAGGACUCGAACGAUGAAGGGUACUACAGAAACGACUAUCCUGAUGCGGACACUGACGAAUGGUCGUCUAACGAAGGUGAUGGCUCUGAUGAAUGGCACGAGGACUCAGAAGUCGAGGACGGUGAGGAACAUGAAUGGCGCUGAACAAUCUAGCCAGGCCUCAUAAUCAAGACGUCUUCCGAAUGCCCAUUCCAUGCACUCACCCAGUGCACACCCAUCUCACGUCAAUGUAUACUCUCGAACAUCUAUGCUCCGCCAGCAAUCUCCACUCAUCAUCCUCAAGGACCCUCCAUAUUCGACAUGCUCUAAACAUCAUCCGUGAAAGCUCUCCGUUUCGUCACAUUCCCGUUUUCUCUCCGGUCGUCAGCGCCCUUUUACGCUUCCACCUAUCUUCAUAAACUCGCACCCGUCCUCUGUGUUUUGUAUUAGCAGCUAUGUUUUCCACGUGUCUUGUCACUUGCAUCUACGCCAUGUUCUUGGUAAUGUUCUUCACAUCAUAUGCAGCCCAUAUCGUCCAUCUUGAACCUCAUCUGUCACCUUCGUCCAUCCAUGUCCACCCACAGUGUAUCCAUAGUCGUCUGAUCUUAUGCAAUUCAACUCCUU